AUGAGAUAUAACAUAGCAAUGGUUACAGAUUUUUUCUAUCCCCAAGCUGGAGGAGUUGAAUUCCAUGUCUAUCAUUUAUCACAACAGUUGAUAAAUCUAGGACAUUCAGUUAUAAUUAUAACACAUGAUUAUGGGUCAAGAAAUGGAGUACGAACUUUAGCAAAUGGUCUCAAGGUUUACUACGUGCCUUUUCAGGUGAUUUUUAGAAACUGUACAGUUCCAACUGUUUUCCUGGCGUUUCCUAUUUUGAGAAAUAUAUUUAUAAGGGAGGAUAUAGACAUUGUUCAUGGACAUGGGUCUUAUUCUAGCUUAUGCCAUGAAGCAAUUAUCCAUGGGCGUACUCUAGGUCUACGGACAGUUUUCACUGAUCAUUCGCUAUUUGGGUUUGCAGAUAUUUGGUCUAUCGUUGGUAAUAAAAUUUUAAAGUUCACUUUGAGCGAUAUUGGCCAUGUUAUUUGCGUUUCUCAUACCUGCAAAGAGAACACUGUCUUGAGGGCUUCUAUAGACCCAUUGUUGGUAUCUGUGAUUCCAAAUGCGGUAAUUUCAAACGAUUUCACACCUAGUCACAUACCUAAGAGCACUAAAGAUUCAAAAUCCAUAACAAUAGUUAUAAUUUCCAGAUUAUUUCCGAACAAAGGUGCUGAUUUAUUAACUGCAAUCAUUCCUCGCAUAUGCGCCCAAAAGCCGGAAGUAAAUUUUUUGAUUGCAGGUGAUGGACCCAAAUACCUUGAUCUUGAGCAGAUGCGAGAGAAGUACUUUUUGCAAGAAAGAGUUACCAUGAUUGGAGCUGUAAAACAUGAGGAAGUGAGAGACGUUAUGAUUCAGGGAGAUAUAUAUUUACAUGCUUCCUUGACCGAGGCUUUUGGAACGGUCAUUGUAGAAGCUGCCUCUUGUGGGCUAUUUGUGGUGACUACAAAUGUGGGAGGUAUCCCAGAGGUUCUUCCUAAUCAUAUGACGAGCUUUGCAGAUCCAGAUGAAGACUCCUUGGUAACAGCAACUUUAAAAGCCAUACAUCUAAUUGAGACUGGUCAAAUAGAUAAUUCAAAGUUUCAUGAACAAGUCGCAAAAAUGUACAGCUGGGAAAAUAUUGCGAGAAGGACAGAAAAUGUAUACAGAUCUUUGAAUUUGGAGACCCUAAAUCAACCUCUAAUUAAGAGAUUACAGAAGUAUUAUUGCUGUGGAAUUAUUGCAGGAAAAUUCUUUGUAUUAUGUGUUAUUGUUGAUAUUUUCGUAAAUGUAAUCCUCGAAUGGCUCUAUCCAAGAAAUCAUAUAGACAAAGCUACAAAAUGGCCGUCCAAAAGCGAAGAAAGUAUGGACUAA